GGUCUCAAAGUAGCGGAAUCUCUAGAAAAGCCAGGAAGCACAGUUCCGUUCUGAUUCCAGCUUAGAACAGUGAAGGGCCUUCUGCUCAAACUCCACAAUUAUGAAUUUUAGGAGGAAAUCGUCGGUUGAGGGUAUAUCCUUCUCCGUGUUAAUUUUCGGUAUAACAGCCACUGUAACUGGAUUUGAAGUUUCAAUCGAUGUAAACUCCACAGCCGUGGAAUUUGGAGGUUCCAUUGAGACGAACUGCAGCACAACAUGUCCAAAACCAACAAUAAAUAUGGAACAUAAACCAGGAGUAAAUUUCAUGAGAACAAACGGCAGUACUUGGUACCAUGACUAUUUCCCAAGUGUCCAGGAGUGGGAUUUAACACUAGCAUGUUCUGUGAAAUGUCUGGAUCAUCAGUUAGAGAAUGUGAAAAAGCAUGUCACAGUGUACAAUCGAGAGGUAAACAUCACAGUACUCCCUGAAGUGCUGGAGAUUAACAGAACAUAUUGUCUGGAAUGCAUUGGCCCAAGAGUUUUUCCAAAUAACAAACUCAUUCUCACAUGGCUGAGAGGGAGUGAGAUUGUCCAGGGAGAUUCCACAGGCGAACCAGGUCUUCCGGAUGAAGAUAAAAGGUUGAGAAAUGUCUUCAAUCUCAUUGCAAGUCAAUCAGAUGAUGGACAGGAGUACACCUGCUUGGCUGAAGUGGACUUGGGCUCUAACACCACAAAGUCAAUCACAAACUCUUCUGUCACUCUGCAAACUUACGCUUUCAUGGAUCAGCCGAGAAUCCUGGACAAAAGACCCAAAGAAGUGAAGCGAGAGGUCACAUUAACAUGUGAGGUCUCAAAUGUCUAUCCUGCUGAGAAGAUGAGAGUAAGAUGGUUUCAGGAUGGUGUGGAACUGAACUCAGAUACCACAAGGCCAAAUUCCAACACUGUCCGAAUAACAGCAGCAUGGACACCACAGGAAUCUGGUCUGAUGGAAGUCGUCUGUAUGGCCGAUUUUGAGAAAUAUCCAUCAAUUCCCCGAAAGAAUAAUAGUGCUUUCAUUGAGGUGUAUGCUUUCUCUUCCCCUGAAAUCCAAGUACCGACCACCCAGGAAGGAAAUCUUGUUAAUAUUACGUGCCGUGCGUUGAAUGCCUCAGGGGAUCUUGAACUCAGACUGAAGAAAGGAAAUGACACAUUAGUGACUGGAUCAAGCAGUACUGGGCUCACUAUCUCUCAUACAGUAGAGGCUGAAGCUAAGCUGGAUGGACAGCAGUAUAUCUGUGAAGCUGAACUGAAACUUCAAGAUCACUCAAUGACGAGCCCUGUUAUUAAACAACACAUUGGAACUCUCCAUGUCCUGUAUAAACCACAAGACACAAUCAUGACCAUAUCGGUAAAUAGCAAAACCAUGUCAGGCGUUCCAGUAGAAGUUACUGAAGGUGAUGAAAUUACAUUAAACUGUAAGUCCAAUGGAAGACCCUCACCUACAUUAGAGUGGGUAAACCCCAGUAAUGGCAGCAACAUUGAGAUUGAUCCCUCUGGAUUUCUGCACAUUCCGUACAUAACCUCAGAACAUCAAGGAAUUUAUAAAUGUAGAGCUACCAAUCAAUAUGGAAUUGAUGAGAAGGAAGUGGACAUCAGGGUCAAAGAUUUAAGAUGGAUAAUACUAGUGACUGCAGGAAUAGCAGUAUUGAUGGUAAUUGCUGUGAUGGCCUUGUACUGGAAAUGCAGUGCCCAUAAGAGAGGACAGUAUAAAUUAGACAAAGCAAAACCCAACAACAAUGCACAAGUCCCCAACGGAAAGGAUCAUCAGGAAGAUGUUCCUUUGGAGAAACUUCAUCCAUAACUUGGUAGCACAACAACAAUUACAAACUAGUAUGAUAUAUGUUUUGAACAGAAAUUCCGAUGAUCCUGUAGUCAAUAUUGUAUCCAACAAGUGCAGCUCAUUGCAAUAUUAAAAUUGUUUGCAGUAAUUACUGUAAUAAUUGUAAUGACAACAUUUUCCUCACAUUUCUCAACAUUUUAGAUUGCUUUUGAAAUACUGUAUUGAUCAUUUUCAUGUAUUUUUUCAAACUCUGGAUUGUCACCUGAGCUCUGGUAACUAGAUUUAGCACUGAUAUCAUCAAAGCUUUAUGAAAACAACUUUCUUUCCCACUAAUUGACACGAAGGCUAGAUACAAGAUGUGUUUAUUCUGUAAAAUAAUUUACCUAUUGUGACUGUUUGCUUUAAUUGAAUAAAUAUUGUAUUUGUAA